AUGCUUGGCCAAUACGUCCCCGAGCUUGACGAGGCAUCACCGCGGUCCAAAACACGGAAGAACGAGGCAUCCAAAAGAGCGAAAAUGGUCCGAAACCAGUUGAUCACGGCAGUCGCUGUCUGUAUCACCAACAUAGUUGUGCUUGUUUGUUUCUCUGUUCUUUUCCCUCCAGACUCACUGGGUGUGGGGACCUUGCGCAUAGGUGACUGCACCGACAUUCGAACAAUCGAUAGUGCUGCACACGUCUUUCUCAAUAUCCUAUCAUCUCUUUUUCUGGGUGCCGGGAGCUAUUGCAUGCAGAUCUUGGUGGCUCCAUCCCGACGGGAAAUGGAUGCCGCACAUGCUCGUGGAGUCUCGCUAGACAUUGGGGUACCGAGUCUGCGAAACUUGAAAUACAUAACAAGAGGCCGCAUUCUUCAGUGGCUUGGAUUGGGGACCGCUGACCUUGGGCGCGUGUUCACUUCUAGUUGGAACUCUGUCAUCUUCACUUCGACACCCGUUGUUAGCUAUGCCCGAGCCAUUCUUACAAGUGACUUCCGAGAGGCAGGUAGAGACUGGUCUCUAGACCCUUUGCCAGCGGUUCUUAACGGUAGGAACUGGGCCUCAGUACAUGCUCUGUACGCUGAAAUGGACAACUUCACGCGACUGGACAAGCAAGGUUGCAUAGAUGCCUACAUCGAUCCGCUCACUUCCAAAGGUUCACUAGUUAUUGUCGCCGCCAACAUCACAUCCGCUCAAAAUAACAACAACACUCUCCUCCACGGCUGGAAUACCGGUUGGGAUGUGUGGAGCCGAGCACCCUGGUGGAUUUGCGAAGCUUAUAACCGAGACGAGAUGACCUUGUUGUGUACUAGCGAGUGGGCAAACACACUGGUAGAUGAUUGGACGGUUUUUGCAUGGACACAACACAAGGAUCCGGUUUGGCCGUUCAGGGUCCAGGUCGAUUACUGCAUAGUCGGUGCUGAGAGCGACAUUAGUCAACAGUGCGGCUUGCACUAUGGAGUGCAAGUACUCGCUGUCCGAUCUAUCAAACUACCGGUCUGUGUCCGUUUACCCACAAGUCUGGAACCCUCGGCAUCGGAUUUCGUGGUUCAAGAGUGUGAGCAAGAAGGUGUGGGCAGUAUCACUGUUAUUGCGAGUGCUAUAGGAUACCUUCGACACUGUAUUAAAGAGCCUAAAGCUGACUUUGGUAACGCUAGGUUCAUCAUCGGGAUACUCGCCCCUUUGGUAGUUCUCAUCCAAGCGGUGGUAUCAUGGAAGGCACGAGGCGUUGACUUAACUCUGCUAACCAUCGCCAAACAAGGCUUUGGCGUCAAUGCUGGAUUCCUCGGGAUGAACAGCGAGAAGGGAGACUACAGUCUAAUCACAUGCGUGUUCCUUGCCAACAUUGUCCAGCUUCUCGUCAGUUUCCUCUACCUUCUUUACAACAAUAUCUUGACACGCCAGCUUGUCGCCGACCAGUGGGUACGCUUUCUGAGACCAGAUGGGAAGAAGCCACUACGUGUCUCCUUGCCCAGUGGCAUGCAACGAUCGUCCUACAUACUCUCACUACCCUUGACCUACUCAAUUACACUGAUGAUUAUCAUGAUUGUCUUGCAUUGGCUCGUGUCUCAGAGCCUCUUUGUGGUUCAGACCAUCGGCUUCGACACUGCAGGCGAGCUGGUGCAUUUUCCAUCCUUUAAUGGCUCAGCUGUUGGAUACUCACCGCUCGGAAUGGUCUUGGCAACCGCAUGUGGAGCCAUCAUGAUUUUGGGUCUACUUAUUAACUCCUUGGUACGGGGGCAUGAGAACGUGCCAGCCGAAUUCCCAACCUGGGGAUCCAGCAGCGCGCAUAUUGAAGUUAUGUGCCAGAGACCAGAUCAGGAUAUUGAUGCCCACUUGUUUCCUCGUGAGCAAAUCCACGCUAGAGAUGAAGAGCUGAAGGAAGCUCAAAAUGAAAUCCUCGAUCUGAAGGAGAAAAAGCGAGUCGCCAUUGGGGAAAUGUUUGCAGCUAACCAGAGCGAAAAGGCAAAGCAAAAAGAAGCCCUAGAUCGCGUCGACUUCCUCAGUGCAUCGAGUACCUGCCUAGCUUGA